CUGAGACAGGAGAAGGGUGCAGCAGGAUGCAGGGUGGGGUGGGUGGAGCCAGAGCCCACUUCCUUUCCCCUUGGGGCCCAGUUCCCGCAGUGGUGCCCGGGCCUCAGGAGGAGUUGCAGUGGCGGGUCCCAGCCCUGUGCCUUAUCGCUUAAGCUGCUUGGGCCCCAGCUCCCGCUUGCGCCUGCUGCCCUGGAAAUGGCCCUGCUGCUCCUGCUCCUUGGGAGCCUCUGGGCCCCACUGGCGAGUCCCCAGAACGCCACCACUGCCUUGGUCUCGGACGCAGUGACCUCCUUGGCACCAAACACGAGACCCUCUUUAAAGUACAACACAAGCGAUCAGGCCUGGACCCCAACCCCCUCAGCUCCCCCUCUUGGGACUUCUGGUGGUGCCAGCACUGGCCCUGCCAUAUCAGAGCCAGUGUCCUCCAAGGAAGAGUCUACCAAAAAGCCAUCAGCGUUUCCGGAAAUCGCUAUUGGAACCAGUGACCCUGCUGUCCCCACAGAAGUGAGCUCUCAGGGCUACCCCACGGCCACAGGGGGAGCCCUGGCAUUUAACUCUCAGGAGACCUCUGGUGGGACCAGUGAAUCCUCUGUCACCAGUGCAAGAAGCUAUGUGGAGACCUCCAGUGGGGUCAGUGGAACCUCUGUUACCAUGACAACUAGCUCUCCAGAACCUUCCAGUGGGAACAAUGAAACCUCCGUUACCAUGACAACUAGCUCACCAGACCCUUCCAGUGGGAACAAUGAAACCUCCGUUACCAUGACAAACAGUGCUCCAGAACCUGCCAGUGGAGACAACGGAACCUCCGUUACCAUGACAACCAGCUCCCCAGAGCCCUCCAGGGGGGCCAGUGGACCUCCUGUCGCCGCGACAACCAGCUCCCUGGUGACCUCAAGUGCGGCCAGCAGCUCCUCGGCGCCCAGCACGAAGGCGUCGGUGGGGAGCACCCCAAAGCUCUCCGCAGACACGAGCGCGAGGUCCCCUGGCAGUCCGGGCCCGGGGCGGAGGGGCACGCUGCUGGUGCCCUUGCUCGUGGCCCUGCUGGUGGUGGCCGUGCUGGUGGCCCUGCUCGCGCUGUGGCGCCGGCGGCAGAAGCGGCGCACGGGCGUCCUGACGCUGAGCGGCGGGAAGCGCUCCGGGGCGGUGGACGCCUCGCCCUGCGCCCUGCGCCCUGCGCCCUCCGCCGCGCCUGCUGCUGCUCUCCCCACUGAUCGGCCUUCUCCCCAGUCCCUCCAGCGCCCUCUCGUCCCUCG